AACGUCUAGGUAGGGAAGCCGGGAGAAAGUGCAACAUCUCCAGAAAGCGGGAGCGGCAUCGGAGAUUCCAGAAUUCCUUUGGUGGAUCCUGGUCACAGGUUGGUGCGACAUUCUGGAGCAUUUGGAGUGUAAACAACAGAGCUUGCUCAACCAAACCCAAACUUGCUGGAGACAUGAACAAUCGCUCCAUCGCUUGGUGGCUGAAGCAGAUUGGCCUGCCCCAGUACACAAAGACCUUGGAGAGGGAAUAUUAUGGACUGGAGGGUUUGUUGAAUGUGGAUGACAACGAGCUGAAGGAAGCGGGGAUAGAGGACGCCGCACACAGAGAAACCAUCCUCUGUCAGCUUUUAAGACAUCGGCAGAAACUGGACCCCCAUUCUGGUAUGCAAAUGGAGCGUAGGGUGAGCCGAAAGUACUCUCUGGGAUCCUCGAUGGACUUGGUGAAGCCAAGGAAGGAUCUGUUUCGCCAAAGCGUCCUGCCCCGCCUCCAUCGCGCUGACAAAAAGCACCGCCUCUCCGCAUCCUGCUCGCAGCUCCGCCCCCUGGAUGAGGAACAGGCCUGCGGUGGGGUGGACGGCUGUCAGCUGAGCAAGCGCAGCAAGAGGAGGAGCGUCGCCGCAUACCUGAGCCAGCUGAAGGUGUUUGGCGCUCGCAAGGAGAUGGACGUCCUGAAAAAGGAGCUGGAGGAGGAGCUGAAACUCAGCACCGAGGACCCCAGGAGCCACGCUUGGUACCACGGACCCCUGAGCCGAGAGGCUGCAGAGACUCUCUUCGAAAGGGACGGAGACUUCCUGGUCCGAGACUCGAGCUCGUCGCCCAGUGACUACGUCCUCAGCUGUUUUUGGAGGAACGAGCCCAUGCACUUUAAGAUCAUACGUGUGGUGCUGCGGCCCAAAAAGGGUUACUCCCGUGAGCUGUUCCAGUUCGAGGAGGACCGCUUUGACAACGUGCCCGCCCUCAUCCGCUUCUACGUGGGCGGGCGUCGGCCCAUCUCUCAGGCCUCAGGCGCCGUCAUUUUCCACCCACUGACCAGGACGCUUCCUCUGCGCAUCAUCGCCGAGCGGCAUCGACCCCAGAACGACGGCCACGGUGCCGACGGCAAGAAGUCCCAACCGGAGCGCGGCAAGCGUCUGAGCUUCAGCGGCGACUCCCUGAUGGUCAAUCCUCUGCUGAGGAGCGGAAGUCACCCCGCCAACCUGGAGAAUGUCGGUUGCAGGCCUUGGCUCCAGUCGGCCCAGUCCGACAGCAACCUGAGAACCGGUGCACCUCAGAUCACAAAACCGGAGGCUACAGGCCCCGCCCCUAUAUCCCCGGUGUUCCGCACCGGGAGCGAACCACUGCUCAGUCCGGGUCCACGGCAAACACGAGGCUGUUAUCCAGGCGGUGGCGCAACUUUACGAGGCUCAGACGGCCAGCUUCACCCCAGGGCACCUCCUAAACCUCUCAGGGUCUCUGCCCUCUUCCCCCGAGGCCCCCCUGUGCCAUCGGACCAGGACCAGGACCCGUCUGCUUUCUAUGACGAGCUAGUGGUUCAGGUGCCUCAGUCACGGCGGAAAGGUCACGUGGACCGACUGAAAGCCGAGGAGAAGUGGCAGAGCCGUGCCAGGAUCACAGAGACCUCCUUUGGCUUCCUGGAGGCCGACAACAAUGACGCUGCCUCACGUCUGCUCCAUGACAGGGACCACUUUCUACGGCCACACGUGGAGACCAGCUCAUGCUUCCAGUUGGAGCACUUUGAGUCCCAGCUGUUGCCAGACAACAACCGGCCGCUGGAUCCCAGCGUCCUGCUGGCGCUGAAAGAACUCUUCAACCGCUCGGAGCCCAAAAGCACCGCCCUGCACAUGCUCAGUGUGGACUGCCAGGUGGCACGCAUGGUGGGAGUGACGGAGGAGCAGAGGAGGACAAUGGGAGUGGGAUCAGGCCUUGAGCUCGUCACCCUGCCUCACGGGCAACAGUUGCGCCAAGACCUGCUGGAGAGGCAUCAUCUCAUGGCGCUGGGCGUGGCCGUGGACAUCCUGGGCUGCACCGGCACCGUGAGCCAGAGGGCCACCGUGCUCCACAAGUUCAUCCUGCAGGCUCAGGCUCUGAAAGACCACGCCCACGACCUCUACGCAUUCUCUGCCUUCAUGAAGGGCCUGGAGAUGCCUCAGGUGCUGCGACUGGAGAUGACAUGGCGAGCGCUCAGGAGGAACCACACGGAGAGCGCCAUCUUGUUUGAGAAGACCCUCAAGCCCUUCAUGAACUCUCUAAACGACGGGGACGACUCUGCGAUUGAUGGUCUCGUGGCCGUUCCUCAUCUGGUUCCUCUGCUGAUGCUGAUGGAGGGCGACGACCCCGUGGAGAACAGCGAGCGAGGUUGCGAGCUCCUCUACGACGUCCUCCAGAUGGCUCGCCGUGCCGCUCUGCACGCUCCCGACCACCAGCGACAUGCAAACGCUCUGCUCACAGGCUUGACGCCGAUCCCUGAGAUGCUGGAGGCGUUCCGUACCGAGUUUGCCCUGCGUCUCUUCUGGGGUCGGUCGGGGGCGGAGGCCGACAGGAAGGAGCGCUACGAGAAGUUUGACAAGAUUCUUUGUGUGCUCUCCGACAAACUGGAACCUGUUGAGAUCAGCCCCACGCAGCCCGGACAACUUUCCUGAUCAAAAAACACGACGGCCAUCUUAAAUUAUGCUGACUACAUCUCGGCUCUUCCUGUUUGUAUCUUUUAUUCAUGUGUGUAAAUAUGAACAACACUGUAUUAAAUCUUUAUUUUUCUUUUGCA